GUCGGCAGUGGUAUCCUUGGCCGCAGCUUCCUCUGACGCGAAUAAGACGGUUGAGCAGAUGUUGACUGAACAUCCUCCCAAGUUCGAAAACGAGAUGGAUUUCAUGAGUGAGAAGGGAUUCCUCAAAAGCAUGGAAGUAACGGGAUUGGUCUUAAGGCUCUCAAAAUAUUAGACGCUUGAGAAGUAUGUGCAGGGUCUAGUCGACGUCAUCUCUUCGAAUAACAAUCAACCUCAAACUACAAUCUUAUCCAUCAUGGCUAAUAUGGAGAGUUGCUGAUUAUCUUCUCACACCAGUCACAGAAGCAGAACAUGAACGCCAUGAGGACAAAUCUAGGCUUUGGCUUUGCUCGUUGUCGUUGCUAGAAGAAGAAGACUGGAUGAAUGCUAGAGGACGUACUAGACUUCAUCAAUCACCAUCUAAGAAUUCCAUUGACGUGUGGGCGUGAAGAUGCGCGAAUCCUGUAUCAUUUGUCGGAGUGUGGUUGCCUUUCUCCCGCAGCUGACACGUCUUCCCGUGUUGGGGAUAGAGCAGGACCCCGUGGUCGCGCCAUCGCGAACCUGGCCAAGAGUAUCCUCACGAUGAAUGCUAGCAUCAAGAGCAUUCUCGCAGGAGGCAAUAUCAAGGGGGCUGGAGCAUCUUUGGCGCUACAAAAAAAGGCCACCGCUGAAGCGCAGAGUGCUCGUGCCGCGACCCUGUGGAGAAAGCGGGCUGCAGUUAAGGUUGUUCACGAUAAGUAUUCAUUUCCAGCUCCAGCAGUGUUCUCCUUCUCUCCACUUCAAUUUUAAACCUGAUUCAUUUCCAGCACAACAGAGUUCUGCUUCAUCAGAUUGACUUAGUUUUUCGAGUACGACUUUCUUAAUAACGGAAAUAUAAAACAAGACCAAUUACGUCGACCGAGCUCGUCUAACAAUGGCAACGGCAGCACGAAUCUGGACGCCGGAGAAGAAGAGAAAACUGCUGAAAUAGGCGUCGCAGACCAAAGUAGACCUGUUAGCGCAGGCUCGAUCCCUCCUGCAGUUUGCUCUCGCACUGUGUCUCAGGCUGCAGUCUUUUCGGGCCCGAUGGGCGAACCGGUUAGGUCAGAGUCUACGGGUAGCGCAGAUACGGACUUGGAACCGGCUAUGCGGACGCCUAUCUGCAUAGACGAUACUCGGGACCACAUUGACAUUAAGGAUAAAAAGUAUCCAAGAUCCAUCAAAUCUCACGAGUAUGGUAGGUAUCCUUGGCUGUUUUAUUCCCAUUUUCCUUACCAUCCGAGUGAAGGACUUCUUCCAUCAUGGUUGCUCCUCUCUAGUGAUGUUUUAGGUUAAGGUGUCCGUCGAGAAACUAUGUCAUUACCUCAAGUAGAGCAUGCUGUUACUGCUAAGGGAUUGCUCUAGUUCAGUCAAGUGGGACUAGUAGUUUAAUGAAUUUUUAAGGGAGAUGAAAGAAGCCAGGGAAUAAGAUGCUCAUGCGCUCAUGGAUCUUCAGAAUGCGAUAAAGGUGGUGUCAAUUUCUCCAAUUUUCGGGCGAAAAACUCCGUGUCAUGGGCCACUUAUGGGGACGAUCGGGUCAUCAAGCAGAAGAAUCCAGGUCACGCCUGGUCUGACUACUUGGUGCGCAGGAAUUCACCGUUUCUCUCUGAUGCCCAGGGCAACGGUCAUGUGUCUUUGGCGGCCUUCAUGUCUCCACUGAUGGGAGCUACUGGUGCUGCCUCAGCUCUGGCGGGAGCUUCUCCAAGUGCUUCAGCGUCCAAAGCGGGCAAGGCAGACAGCAAGCCGAAAGCGAAAGCAAAAGGAAAAGCGGAUAAAAAAGGGGGAAAGGAUAACAUUACGGCUCAGAAGUAGGGUCCAUUAUAGGCGUUUAGAACUUCUUUGUCGUUGUAAUAAUCAUCGGAAGCUUUGUCUUUGUCACCGUCAACAACAACACUUUUUCUUGAUGUUCUUUGGAGAUCAUACAUUUCGGAGAGCAUGUGCAUGAGAAGUAUCUCAUAAGUUUAUCUUUUUCUUCUACUUCACUUCCCUCCUCUAAGGUCAAAGAUGACGCCCCUGACGCUACCACGAAGAUCAAACUCCCACCGCUGCCGAACAAAGAGGAAGCAGCACUGUUUGAGAUUGCGGAACCGCAAUCGCUGCCUUUAAAUUUGGUGCUGAAGCUUGGGUAUCCCUUACCGCGACUGUAUUUCAAUCAGGCAGCUCUGGCCGAAACGUAUUUGAAGAUGGUGCUUCUGCGGUUUCGCAUGGACCCCAGACCGACAGCACAGAAACUCAUUUGGGCCUUCAUUGCCUUGGAUAGUCAAUACCGCAAUCUUCGCGUGAGUGCGACGCUACGCGGCAUCGGCGAGCGUAGACGGACGAGGAUGAAAUUUCGAGAAGUGCAAAGCAACGCCAUCAAGUCGCAGUCUAAGCGGGAAUUGAAACGGAGAAAAGCACGCGAAGAGUUCCAAAGGAGAAGGCAAAUGGCACAAGCGGCCAACACGUCUGCGAGAAAUUAUGGUCGGACUUGUACUUGAUUCACUCCAGUAGAAGAACGAAAGACCUCCGAGGAAUUUCAAACUAUUUAGAUUGUCGUUCACCUGUACUAGUACAACUAACAGAGUUAAUAUAAUUUUAAUUUCUUCUUCUUCUAAUCCUAGCAAGCCGCGACAGCACAACGGGACCGAUUAGCUGAAGCGGCCAUGGCAAAGGGGAGAGAACCACCGUCGGACCUGGACUGCGACGAGGACGGAGAAAGCGAGUCCAGCAGUGGUGAGGAUGCGGAACUCUUGAGGGCAAUGGAAGAACGAGACCGCGUUUUGCUGGCUUCAUCGAAAAGAGCGAGACGGUACUAGUUUUAUCUAUAAUACUUUCUUAAUUUGAUACAGAUAUUAGAUUUAAUACUUAAUUUGAUACAGAUACUAGUCUAAUUUGAUAAUUUGAAAAUUCACGUGAUGUUGUUCUUGCAACGAUUCUGUCUCUCCAACGACCUCAGUUGGAAGUUAACUGACUGAAGACAUUCGAUUACUUGUUGCGACGACAAUAUUAUUCGAGAAACUCCACAACAUCAACUUCCCCAGGUGUGUUUAUGAGACUGGUGUCGGGCGCUUGAACAUCUUGAAGUACGAGAGAACUGGUGGCGCUUUCGCUGCGGAACAUCCCAACUUCAUGGGCGAAGAGUUCGACAUCGAACGCGUACUGUUCAACCGCCGCAACCGAAACACACGAGGGGAGCUAGCACAGGAUGUAUUCUCAGAAAAGAUGGACUCGAAGACAGUCCAGUAUGCUCUGCGGAAAUUUAGAGGACGCCUGAAACGUACGCCUGGUGGAGGCCCUAGCUCGAGCAGCGCUGUGGUGGAUAAGAAUAAAGAGGCAUCGAAGCGGAAAACAGGCGCAAAUAGACCUACUAUGGUCGAAGGAGAACAGUACUUUUUUAGAAGUCUGCUCUCAUUUUGGUCGCUCUUGCUUCCUAGUCAAAAAGGACGGACUAUCUUCAGAUUCCCUCAGUUUCAAUAUUGGUUUUCUGCAGUAGAUGAAAAUGUGUUGAAUUCGUUUCCUUCAAGACAAUGAUUGAUUUUUCUGAUUCAUCUCAUUCCUUCAAAAAUACCCUCAACAACAGCUCUUCGCCGAGUCCAUUGCCAAGGGACCGCACUGAUGCCGCGUCAUUGGUGUUGGACGGAUCGAAGAAUGCAAAACGCAUGACAAAAAUGGCUGUCCAAGCUAUGAGCUCAGCGUGGUUGCGAAAACACGUCAUUCUUUCGGGUUUGACAAGAGAGGACUGGGGAACAGUCCCAGUACCCUUCGAUGAAGGUCCUGGCGGCCACGGGACCUACGGAAACCUAUUCUGAGGUCGCUGAGGUGCUCUGAGCCCUCUGAGUUGCCAGGAGUCUAAUGGAGGUAGUAACGUUUCCAAGAAUAGAAGUGCAAGUGGUUCUUGUAGGAUGGCGCCUCUCUAGCGGAGGUAAAGAUUCCGAUAGAACUGGCUGUCGGAAAAGUCCUUGUAGGCUGGACCGAAUGUACUCGUGAAUUUGAAAAUUCUUUCCUGUUGUUCACUACAUCAUAGCAAACACCUUAUAUAUAAUAUUCAUCUUCACAUGAACAUGUCUACAAGUACAUAAAGACAACGUCCAUGCAUCAUCGUGAGGAUUGUAGUCGAAUGAACAAAGAAAGAGCAAGAGAUAAUUCGAAACUGGAGCUGCACCGAUGUUGUUAAUUAAGCAAUUUUCUCUUCUUCGACAUCAUUCAUGAGCAUCUUCAUCACUUCCAUCAUGCAUGACAUACUUACACGAAAGUCCCCCCUGGGAACCAUAACAACCAACUUGUACAGUUUUUGUUAGCCUUUUAGUGUGGGAAGGAAAUAGGCACGCGACGAUGCGCGGGAGCAAUUAAGCUACAACUUUUUUGGCCGACCUCUUAACAAUCGCAUCCGCAUCCCGAUUUCCCUCCUUUUUUCAGUGAGUCUGCUGCUUUCGGUUCUACUUUGAGGCAGUAAGCUUGUUGAAACAGAAAAGAGAAAGAGAAGAAAGACAAAGAAAGGAACUGAUCUCUACUGCGAUAUACAAACCAACGUAGUGAAAAACAUUCAUAAGAAAUAAGUAGAAGUUCUUCUAAGACUAAGAAGCAAGUAUGCUAAAUCAUGACAGAGGCACAGCACACAUGACAAAUUUAUAAGACACAAAUAGUUCUUAGUAGAGCAAGUUGUAGUUGUUCGUAGCAAAAAUAUCUUUACCUAAUAAAUAUCAUCCUUUCUGAAAGGGAAAACGACAGAUGCAACCGAUAACAUAUUAUUUAACAGUAAACCUGACGUCAACAGUACACUUGAAAGACUAAAAAGCACACUCGAUAGUACAAAAAUUCCUGUUGCAGCAUGGAAAUAGUUCAUCAGGCGAUCGAAUCCCUGUACAUAUUUGUUUUCUAUUUCUAGGUGCUUGUGCACAGUUACAGACAUAAGAGCGCAAUCAAAUGGGAGACUUCCUAGUCACGUCCUUUGGCUUCAUGCCUUGUACAGUACCAAGACUUCCUUAGGGCGACAGCACUUGUAUGGUUCUCUCUUCGAAUCAAUCAUUUGGAAAGAUUCAAAGCUUCACUAGGUAAACAAAACUCGCCCCAUCGCGCUUCACAUGGUGCGCCGGACACUACGCACACGACAGACGCAAAAGGAAACACAGAAUAUGGUUGAAAGAUUCAAC